AUGCUCAGCAGCAUGAUAGAUGCAAAAUUCAAGAUUUUGCAGGACAAAGUGAAGGGCAUUCUUUCCAUGCAGAAAAAUGUAAUCCUCAUCGCAGACAUUUGUACGGAGUCAAUGACUACGAAGAAUUUUGUGGGAAUCACUGUCCGGUUGGACUUUCGGCCAAUCAGCACAUACUCGGUCCAGGUUCCGGUUCGGCCAUUGGACCAAGCAACGAAGGAAGUUUGUGCAGAGAAAUCUGUCACUUUGAGCAAAUGUAUUCCUCUAGUGACCCUCCUUUUGCAAACUGUAGAGGAAUAUCAGCCAUGUCAUGCUGCCGCAUUUAAGUUUAAAGAGCAAUUACUGACAGAACUCGAAAAAAGGUUUGGAAACCUCGAGAAUCUGAAGCUUGCUGCUAUGGCCACUUUAUUGGAUCCCCGGUUUAAAAAGAUACCCUUCUGGAGUGCUCUGUCUGUGCCCGUCGCUGUUCAAGAAAUCGGAAAUAAUUUAAGUUUAGGGAAGGAAGUGAAAUUCAAAAUCAAGGUGGAAUCGAAUGCUUCAAAUGUCAUGGUGGAAGAAACAGCGCCAACAAUACCAUCCGUAACUCCAACAAAAAGAAAUUACAUUUGGGUACGCUUCGCCAAUAUGGCACAUGAGAAACAGCCUGGUACUAACAAUGAUAAUGCAGGAAGAUUCCCACUGGAAAUCACCCAGUACUUAACCAGAGCUGUUUCGUCACGAACAGUCAAUCCAGUUGACGAAUGUAAUGACAUGAAGCCGCAUUACCCGCACCUUUAUGAAGUGGCCAUGGAAGACCUUCCAAUCCUGGCAAAAUCGGUUCCAUCCGAAAGGGUUUUCUCCAAAACAGGAGUCAUCAUGACGAAGCUGCGAAACAGACUCUUGGGGAAACGUCUCAACCAAUUAUUAUUUCUAUCAUCAGUCUCAAAGGCGUUAUGGUUUGAGCAAUAA